AUGUAUGAUGAUAUGCAAAACCCCACUACUGUUAUAAAUGGACCACCUGCCCCACUCCUACCUGUUAUCAUUGGACCAUCGGCACCAAUCCCACCCGUAAUAAAUGGACCACUGGCAGCACUCCUACCCGUAAUAAAUGGACCAUCGGCAGCACUCCCACCCAUAAUAAAUGGACCACCAGCAGCACUCCCACCUAUUUUAAAUGAAGCACCUGCACCAUUCCACCUGAAGCAGAAUCAAGCAGUAUUGGAUGGGUGGUUUGUGGUUUCUUGCAUUGGAACAGUGGCAUUUAUAACUUGGGAAGUUGUCAAAUUAUUGAUGAAGAGGCGCAGGAGACAGUACAUGAGAAGAAAUGAAGCAGAAUCAAGCAGUAUUGGAUGGAUGAUGUAUGAUGAUAUGCAAAACCCCACUACUGUUAUAAAUGGACCACCUGCCCCACUCCUACCUGUUAUCAUUGGACCAUCGGCACCAAUCCCACCCGUAAUAAAUGGACCACUGGCAGCACUCCUACUCGUAAUAAAUGGACCAUCGGCAGCACUCCCACCCAUAAUAAAUGGACCACCAGCAGCACUCCCACCUAUUUUAAAUGAAGCACCUGCACCAUUCCACCUGAAGCAGAAUCAAGCAGUAUUGGAUGGGUGGUUUGUGGUUUCUUGCAUUGGACUACCAGCAGGAAUCCCACCCGUAAUAAAUGGACCACCCGCAGCACUCCCACCUGUUAUAAAUGAACCACCUUCACCACCCCCUCAAGCACCGUUGAGGCGAAGCAGAAUCAAGCAGUAUUGGAUGGGUGAUUUGUGGUUUCUUGCAUUGAUGUAUGAUGAUAUGCAAAACCCCACUACUGUUAUAAAUGGACCACCUGCCCCACUCCUACCUGUUAUCAUUGGACCAUCGGCACCAAUCCCACCCGUAAUAAAUGGACCACUGGCAGCACUCCUACCCGUAAUAAAUGGACCAUCGGCAGCACUCCCACCCAUAAUAAAUGGACCACCAGCAGCACUCCCACCUAUUUUAAAUGAAGCACCUGCACCAUUCCACCUGUUAUAA